UGUGUGUUUUGUUUACAGAAAUUUCGAAAACCCUUUCGUGCAGAUUUACGUGCUAUUAGAAUGUCGGACAACGAGUACGAGCGGUUCGAGAUAACGGACUACGACCUGGACAAUGAGUUCAACAUGAACCGGCCCCGUGGGCGGCAGAGCAGGCACCAGCAGAUCUACGGCAUUUGGGCGGACGAUAGCGAGGAGGAGAGCGGUGGCGAGGGCGGGGGCACGCGGAGGGGGCGGUCCGCCCGGAAGCCCAAGGAUUACACCAUGCCGGUCAGCUUUGUGGCCGGCGGAAUUCAGCAGGCGGGCAAAAAGAAGAAAAAGGAGAAGGUUGAAGGAGGAUCUGAUCAGGAUCAGGAACAGAGCGACGAUUCCGCUGUCAGCGGACGUCCCGCCUUCGGUCAGAGCGAUCCGGAGAGCUCCAACAGCUCCGCGGAGGAGGAAAGACCCUCUUUGAGUCGAAAACCCGCAAGUGCACCCUUCCAACAUCGCUCCCACAUCGCCAGCGAGCGGAAUGUGGGCGCCUGGGAGCAGCAUACGCGUGGCAUCGGCGCCAAACUGCUCCUCCAGAUGGGCUACGAACCGGGAAAAGGCCUAGGCAAGGAUCUGCAGGGCAUUUCGCAGCCAGUACAGGCCCAUGUGCGCAAGGGCAGAGGAGCCAUCGGUGCCUAUGGACCCGAAACUGCCGCCAGCAUUGGCGGGAAACCCACCAAGAGCAUCAAAGUGGACGAAGAUGUGCGCGAGGCGAAGGAGUUCAAGGAUCAGCUGAACAAGUGGCGCAAGGGAGGAGUUGAUCCCGCCGAGGGAAAACAGGGCAAGCGGUAUUACUACAAGUCCGUCGAGGAGGUGAUCGCCAAGGGGCACUCUUCGAGUCACCUGCUAUCGGAAAAGCUGAGCAAGAAACUAGGCAAUGUGCCCGUGAUUGACAUGACGGGGCCGGAAAAGCGAGUCCUCAGUGGCUAUCACGCCUUGGGACAGGCUAAAAUUACCCCGGAGGAGACGCUCUACGAUACGGAAGCCACUGAAAAGGGAGCCGCACCAGUCUGCGUCUUUGCCAUGCCCGAACUGACGCACAAUCUGCAGCUCUUAGUCAGCCAAUGCGAGCAGCAGAUAAUUUCUAUUGACAACCAAGAGCGCGAGUGCUCCAACCAACAGGCCGCGCUGGAAAGCGAGCACCGAAAGCUGGAGGAGAUUGUCCAACUGGAGAGGAAUCACAUUCGUACGCUAGAGGAAUCCCUGGAUCGAGUGGAGCGGCUGAGCGAGAAUCCCGACUUGAGUUUGCCUCAGGCAGAGCGUCUCUUUCGGGAGCUCCUGGAAGACUACUCGGCCGAGUUUCAGGAGUUUGGCCUGGCGGAUCUGGCGGCGGGCGUGAUAGCACCGCUACUCAAAAGGGAACUGGUGCAUUGGCAACCGCUGGAGCAGCCCACGGAGCCACUGCAGCUGGUUAAGAAGUGGCGGGCGAUGCUGCAGCAGGGAGAACCGGCGGAGCAGCAGCCGCGCAAUGUCUUUGAUCCCUACUCCUCACUCAUUUGGGCGGGGGUGAUGCCCUCUUUUCGGGCGAGUGUUGCCGCCUGGCAAUCCAAGGAGCAUCCACCGAUGGCCGCUCUGCUCGACGCCUGGGCUCCCUUGCUGCCCAGUUGGGUUUUGGAUUCUGUCCUGGAGCAACUAGUGCUCCCUAGACUGAUAGCUGGCGUUCAGGAGUGGGAUCCUCUCACCGACACCGUGCCCAUCGACAGUUGGGUGCUGCCAUGGCACGGCAUACUGGGCACUAAGCUGGAGGAGGCCGUCUACCCGCAGAUCCGCAGCAAACUGGGCGUGGCUCUGCGCGCCUGGUCGCCGCAGGAUCGCUCGGCCAGGGCCAUGCUGACGCCCUGGCAACAGGCCUUUCCCGCGGAGGAGAUGCAGGAGUUCCUGCAGCGGCACAUUGUUCCGAAGCUACAGGCCACACUGGCUGAGUUUGUAAUUAAUCCACUGCACCAGGAUCUGGAGCUGUGGCAGCAGGUUUGGGAGUGGAACGAGCUCAUCGACCCGAUGUAUAUGGCUCAGCUGCUGGACAGGCACUUCUUCCCGCGCUGGAUGCAGGUGCUCGUCGUCUGGCUGAAUCAGAGUCCAGAUUACGCGGAAAUAUCGCGUUGGUACACUGGCUGGAAGGGGAUGUUUAGCGAGGCACUUCUCCGCGAGCCGAGCGUCAAGGAGCAUCUGCGUCGGGCGCUGGAAAUGAUGCAUAGGGCCAGUGACGCCCUGCUGCAGCCCACAGUUGCGGCCACGCCCCCGCCGCCAGUUCCACCGGCUCCUGUGAUCAUGAUGGACCUGAUUCAUCCGCCCGCCCAGUUGGAGUUCAAGGAGCUCGUGUCGCAGCAAUGCGCCGAUUUGGGCAUAAUCUUUGCUCCUCUUCCUGGGAGAAGGGAGUUGGGCAAACAGAUUUAUCGCGUGGGCAAGCUCUUUUGCUACAUCGAUCGACACGUCUGCAUGGUCAGCGAUGGAGGCUUCAGCAACUGGCAGCCGAUGGCACUGAAUCACCUCAUAGAACGCUCACAAACUGGAAUACUCUAAAUAGAUUAUUACGAAAAUGUAGGCUGCUGAUCUAAUAGAAAAUGGUUACGACUUUUCUAAAAAUGUAAUCACUGGAAAAUAUAAGCUGAUUUUAUUCCCGAA